CCCGGCGGCGGCGGGCUGCCGAGCCGCCGCUGAGCCCAGCCACUGGCGCGGCGCGGCCGGGGGCGCGCACUCGGGCCGCGGCGGCAGGAGACGGCCGCGCCGGGGCGGGUAGAGGCGGCCGGCGGCGUGCGGGCGUCCUCUGGGCCGGGGCCCGAUUUCAUGCAGUUGCCUGUGACAGCUCCUGUUGAGUAAACCGAGACGGGAACAUCUUGUAUCGGCUGUUGUACCUGUACCUGCCACGAUGAGAAGUUGCAUAAGAUCUUUUUGGAUCCCUGUCUAAUUGAUCCAUGUUUCCGAACUCCUCCUUGUAACCUUCGCAAGCAGCCAAAAUGAAGUUGAAGCAUAACAUCAACCCUGUUCUUCUACAGUUUAUAAACUUUAUAAUCUUGGUGUACUCCUUUGUAACAUACGUUCCGUGGUACAUAUUUUCAGGGUCAAGGCAGGCUAUAGCAAAAGCCAAGCAGGUUAAAGCUAAACCUGUGAAUAACAAGCCUGGGGCUGCAUACAGAUCUGUUAACAGUCUACAUUGCUUAGCUUCAGUUUUAUAUCCUGGGUGUGAUACACUCGACAAAGUUUUUAAAUAUGCUAAAACUAAAUUUAAGGACAAAAAACUCUUGGGAACACGUGAAAUCCUAAAAGAGGAAGAUGAAAUCCAGCCAUCAGGAAAAGUUUUUAAGAAGGUCAUCCUUGGCAAGUACACCUGGCUUUCAUAUGAAGAUGUAUACAUUAAAGCUGUUAAUUUUGGAAAUGGCUUAGCAGUAUUGGGUCAGCAACCAAAGACUAACAUUGCUAUCUUUUGUGAGACUAGAGCUGAGUGGAUGAUUGCAGCACAGGCCUGCUUUAUGUGCAACUACCAGCUUGUUACUCUGUAUGCUACUCUGGGAGGCCCAGCAAUAGUACAUGGACUAAAUGAAACGGAGGUGACCACCAUCAUUACUAGUAAAGAAUUGAUGCAAACAAAAUUGAAGGAAAUUGUUUCUCAAGUUCCACUUCUGCGACAUAUUAUUACAGUUGAUGGAAAACCAACAACGUGGUCAGAGUUUCCCAAGGGUGUCAUUGUUCACACUAUGGCUUCUGUGCAAGCUAUGGGGGCCAAGGCAGAUACUGGAAACAAACAGCAGGCCAGGCCUGUGCCCUCGGAUAUCGCGGUGAUCAUGUACACAAGUGGAUCCACAGGAGUUCCCAAAGGAGUUAUGAUCUCCCAUUGCAACAUAAUUGCUGGGAUAACUGGAAUGGCUGAGAGGAUUCCAAAUCUGGGGGAAAAAGACAUCUAUAUUGGCUAUUUGCCUCUUGCCCAUGUUCUGGAGCUGAGUGCUGAACUUGUGUGUCUGUCUCAUGGAUGCCGCAUUGGUUAUUCUUCGCCUCAGACAUUAGCUGACCAGUCCUCUAAAAUAAAGAAAGGAAGCAAAGGUGAUGUUACUACACUUAAGCCAACCCUAAUGGCAGCUGUCCCGGAAAUUAUGGAUCGGAUCUAUAAAAAUGUCAUGAAUAAAGUGAAUGAAAUGACUAGUUUCCAGCGGAAUCUGUUUAUUUUGGCCUACAACUACAAAAUGGAACAGAUUUCCAAAGGUUACACUACCCCGCUCUGCGAUAGCCUUAUUUUCCGGAAAGUACGAAUGCUGCUAGGUGGAAAAAUUCGCAUCCUGCUUUGUGGAGGAGCUCCACUCUCUGCAGCAACUCAGCGGUUUAUGAACAUUUGUUUCUGUUGCCCUGUAGGACAGGGGUAUGGACUAACUGAAUCAGCUGGAGCUGGAACAAUCACGGAAGUUUGGGACUACACUACAGGGAGAGUGGGAGCACCUUUGGUCUGUUGUGAAAUCAAGUUGUUGAACUGGGAAGAAGGUGGAUAUUACAACACUGAUAAACCAUAUCCUAGAGGUGAAGUUCUUAUUGGAGGGCAAAAUGUGACUGUGGGCUACUACAAAAAUGAAGUACGAACCAAAAAAGAUUUCACUGUCGACGAGAAUGGGCAGAGGUGGCUCCAUACUGGAGACAUUGGAGAAUUUCAUCAAGAUGGAUGUCUAAAAAUUAUUGAUCGUAAAAAAGAUCUUGUAAAACUCCAGGCAGGAGAAUAUGUUUCUCUUGGCAAAGUAGAAGCAGCUCUAAAGAAUCUUCCACUGGUAGAUAAUAUUUGUGUGUAUGCAAGCAGUUUCCAUUCUUAUGUCAUUGGAUUUGUUGUGCCAAAUCAAAAGGAGCUCGCAGAACUAGCUCGAAAGAAAGGAUUUAAAGGAACCUGGGAAGAGAUCUGUAACAGUCCUGAGAUGGAAAAAGAGGUACUGAAAGUGCUAGCUGAGGCUGCCAUGGCAGCUAAUCUGGAGAAGUUUGAAAUACCAGUAAAAAUUCGUUUGAGCCCUGAUCCUUGGACCCCUGAGACUGGUCUAGUGACAGAUGCAUUCAAACUAAAACGCAAAGAGCUUACGGCAUACUAUCAAAUGGACAUUGAUCGAAUGUAUGGAAAAAAUGUAAAAUAAUUCUUUUUUUUUUUUUCUGCACCACUUUGCUACAAUGAGCUUGGAUCAAAUAGGAAAUACUUGAAUUGCCUGUCUCAACACUUGAGAUCAACACACAAAACCACCAUUCCUCAUUUGCAGCUUAAACUGUUAUUUCUGGUAACAUCACCAUGAUGACUGGCAAGUUUAGUAAAAUGUUAUGGCAGCAAACUUGUGUCUGUCUCCUUUUUUCCAGUUUUUCUCUGCUACCUUGUCAGUCUGUGGACUUUCCCGAGUCUUUUUGGGAAACCAUGAUUCUGAAGCCUCAAGUUUUUAAACAUUUAUAAAUCCUGUAUAAUGUUUUAUUUGUAUCUUUAAAUCUGGAUGUAUAUAGAGAGAACUUGGCUAUAUAAGAAAUGGUUAUACUGGGGGCCUUUUUCUACCUAAUUAUUUAAAGAUAAGAAGGUAUUGAUGUUGUGACACUAUGUACACUGAAAAUGCUUGUAAUGAGAUCAUUGUUGAACAGAGGACCAGAUUGUUUGCUGCUGUGCUAUUUUUCUGUGUAAAUGUGAGGGAGAAAGUGUUUGACGUUCCAGCUUGUGUAAUACACCUUCAAUAUGUGCCUAAUGGUUACUUUUAUUUUUAUCUGAAAAUGAAAAGAUGGUCAUGGCACAGCGCUGCAUAAAGGCAGGUACUCUUGCAGGUGUUAGUUAAAGCUUGUUUAAUACAAAAGAUGCUAUUAACACAACAGAAGUUAAACCUAAGAAUAAUCUCUCAAAAUACAGAAACUCUUUUUUUAAAUAGCUUGUGACCAUUUCAUCCAGUAGUUGAAUUGUGUAGAGCUAAUAAGAACUCAGCAUUAAUUUCACUUAACACUUUAAGUUUGACAGUGCCCUUUUAGCAGGGGGACUGUAACAACUUCUGUCUUUUCUCAUUAGGUUUGGACAUUACACUGGGUUUGCUCUUGCGUUGUUUGUGGAAGUCUGGCAAGACCCCUCUUCUGCUCUAGCUGCAACCCAAAUCUUACUGGGGGAUUUUUAAAGUCAUAAUGACAGUUAUGUUCUCAGCUCACACAGUGCCUAGCUGCCCUUUGUGCCAUUAAAAAUCUCCCUUUAAUUCUGUGUCUUUUGUUCAGCAAUUUUUGCUUUAAAAACAGAUAUUUGAAGUAUUUGUCAGCCAGAGUUAUUUAUGUUGCUUGGUUUGUUACACCCAAUUCUUACUUUGGGAAGGAGUCUCAAUUUCUGUUUUACUAUAGAUAUGUGAAUAUUGUUUGAAGGGGGGAUCUUUUCUUCUUCAGUGAGAGUGUUGAGAUUUGUUUCAGAUGUGAAUUUUAUUUUCAAAAUAUUUCUAGAAAGAGUAUUUUAAUCAGGGUUAUAUGAGAAUGUGAAAAGACACACAUCAGUCAACUCUGUGAUGGAGCAAAUAUUAAAAUGGCUUUAAUUUGGAGAUUAUUCUCUCAUGUAUAUCAUUUACUUGUAGUACUAAAAAUUUAAGUCUUGAUGCUCACUUAGUACCCUGCUGUGGUAGCAUAUAGCAAUUCUGGAUAGCAGAAGCUUUGUUUGGGGGAGGGAAUUCCUGCUGUUAGCAUUUGUGACAUGGGAGUUUUAGAAUUUUAGAUACACAAAUUCUCAUUUUAAAAAAUUCUGAAAUAUUCUUUAAAUUAACACUUUCCAUUGAUUAUAGAAAGCAGUUUCAUAGGAGUUGAAAGUUAUCAAGUAGAUUCCCUGUACUUUAGUUUCAGUGAAAUGAUGAGAAGGUUUGUAUUGUAUUUUAUGUUACAUUACCAUGUCUCCCACUAUUUCUGGAUUUCCCCUGCUGCUGUCUAUGAAAAACUGUUGCCAUUUGGUGAAUUUUGAUAUAACUAGUCAAAUGGAAAUAACAUGCAACAAAAAGAAAUCAGAACUGUGUUUAUGAGAUUAAUGCCUUCAGAUAUCUAGAUCAUAAAUUAAAACCUUCUGGCAAAUAGAGAUAAGACUAAUGUUGGAAAAUGACUGAAGAAUCCGAAUGUGGAAAUUGCCAAGUCUGUAGGGAAAUGUCACACCAUAUAUUAGACAUUACUGAUACUUAAAUAUGUAUCUGUGCUCCAUCAACAGGUUCUUAAGUAGUUUGCACUUGGCAUAGGAUGUACAUUGUUAAAAUAUUUUUUUGUGAUUUUUAGUGAAAAUUAAUAAAUUGCUGAAGUACUAUGUAUAUCACUUGGUGCAUUGUGCAGCGGAUUUAAGAAAAUAAAUCUGCUUUUGGUUAAUUCAGAAGAAAUCUGAAGUUAGUAUUUUAUUCAGCUAAGGGUUUAAAUUCACUUUUGGAUAAAUUGCAUGAAUGAAACUUUUUAAAUGGUUUGGAAAUAGUAGUUUUAAUUUUUCUUCAAAUCCAGUCACAAGAUUGGGUUGCAGUCUAACUGUGCAUUUGAUUUUACAGUUCAGGUUUUUUAUAUUUAAAACAGAUGUCGAUACAUACAGUUCCUCCUUUUUUAGACAUCAGAUUCAUUGUGGACAUUUAUUUCUUCUACAGAAUGUGAAAAUGAAGCAGUUCAUUAAUUUUAGUCUCAGAGUUGGAGACAGACUUUUGAAAUAUUUGUAUGGGCUUAAAAUAUGUGUGAUGAGUAUAUUCUUUCUUUUGAUUUAUAACAAAAGACAGACUUUAAUGCUGGUAGUUUCUGAGUACUUCCAUGUCCCAUUGGUGCCCAUGUUUCUCAUUAAUCGACAGGGCUAUAAUGGGACAGUAAGUCACAGCUGCUGGUCAAAUGUAGGGCUUCCUUGCUCCGGCAGUCUUAGUCCUGUGGACGGCUAUGCCUGUUAGAUACUUUUUGGCUGCCAGCAUGUUCUCACCCUGUGCUCUUGCAUUGAUGAGCAGAAGAGAACUUCAGGGGAGUUGAAACCCUGCAUAGAUGCAUUACAUGCCAGCCAGAAAUUUACCUAGUAUCUCUCCGGGUUUUUUUUUUUUGUUUUGUUUUUUGUUUUUUGUUUUUUGGGUUUUUUUUUUUUUGUGUGUAUGUGUGUGUGUCUUCUCGUGCCCAGUGUAACAAGAACAACAAAAGUACCUGCUGGAAUGUAUUGCACGUGUCCCAAAGGCUGCAGAAAGUUGUAGAGUAAAUUCGGAAAAGUGCAUGGUUGGAAGUAAUGAUCUCCAUCACGUGGGGAAUUUUGUAAUGGAAAGAGCCGUAACUUUUAAACAGUCUGAGUUCAAACUAAGAACAAGGGGCAUAUACCUCACCUGAGGGGCCCCAAAAAGGGGGGGGAUUUUUAACAAAGCUUUUGUAAAUAUAAACUUCCUAGGACUCUGAAUCAUUGGAAAUUGUAACUACUUACUCUGUUGUGAAAAUUUACAUAUUUCCUUAUAAAAAAAGACUGACCAAGAAUUUCCAAGGAUGCUGUGAAUCUCCUUUAAGUUCCCAUGAUUAUUUAAAAAUAUUCCAGGACUUUAGGCUAAAUUCAAUAUGUCGUAAGUGUUCUUUGCAGAGAAUAGUGUUUCUGGAGUAGGCUAGGAAAUUUAAAAAUUACAUGUCAGGAAAGACCUUGCAAGUUUACUGAUGCUGCUGCUACUGCAGUUUAAACACAAGCAGGACCAUACCUCAACUGGAAACCGUAUCUUAGCAGUAAAAUAUUUUGCUGAAAUGAAAGUGAAAAAAAGUGCAACUGAAACUAAGAACAUAAUGCAUACCUACGUCACACUGAUUUUAUAGGAAGGAUGCAGAGAAGGGUAUGGAAUUGAAACUGUACAUUAAAAACAUCCUGUAAAGCUUGUAAGUUUAUGCAGAAAUUGCUGUGGGACAAAAACUCCAUUGCAAUAACCUUUAUCCUGCUAAAAUUCACAAGCUUUUAUUCUGUACUAAAACUACAUUUAGGCGAUGCAAUGCAGCAUUUUUAAUUUUUAUUAGUGUGAUGUAUUAACUACUUUGGACUCGGUAUAAAAUUGUGUACAUCUGUUUCUUUACUGGUAAGAGGAACAAUCUUCAACUUGCAUACACCUUGGACCAGGCUGAAACGUUAAUUGAAUGACCAGUUGUAUAUUAUUGUAAUUGGUUAUUUAAUGUAAACUCAUUUUCAGUGUGAUCUUGGUUGUUGCUAUGAACUGCCUGAACAUUGUAUAUCCUAAUUGAGUUAUAUUGUAUGGAUUAUUUAUUUGUAAUUGGAUAUCAUGUUUCAAAAAUAAAAUUAAUUUCACAAA